GACCUGAACACUUGAGCAGAGGGAGGAGAGACCCACGGAUGAAUAAAGCACGUGUGUGUGAGAGAGAGAGAGUGUGCAGUGGAUCAGAGCUGGUUACGAUGGGUGCUCGGAUCAGACGUUACUCUGAAGUCAUGGCUCUGCCGGACUCCUUCAUCCAGAAGCAGCAGCUGGAUGCCUCGAUGGCCGACACAUUCCUGGAGCAUCUGUGUCUGCUGGACAUCGACCAGGAGCCGAUCACGGCGCGCAACACCAGCAUCAUCUGCACCAUCGGCCCCGCCUCCCGCUCCGUCACCAAACUCCAGGAGAUGGUGAAGGCUGGAAUGAACAUCGCCAGACUCAACUUCUCUCACGGCUCUCAUGAGUACCACAGAGAGACGAUCCGUAACAUCCGUGACGCCGUGGAGACGCUGACCUCUGACCCGCUGUACUACAGGCCCGUCGCCAUCGCUCUCGACACUAAAGGACCGGAGAUUCGAACCGGCCUGGUUAAAGGGAGUGCGGAUGCUGAGGUGACGCUGCAGCGUGGUGCGUCGGUCCGGGUCGUGACAGCAGAGGCGGAGUGUGAUAAGACGGACGGGUCUGUAAUCUGGUUGGAUUAUCCCAGCCUGACUCGCGUGAUCACGAAGGGAAGCAGAAUAUUCAUUGAUGACGGGCUCCUCGCUCUCAAAGUCCUGGAGAUCGGUGACACGUGGGUGGAGACUCGAGUGGAGAACGGGGGGAUUCUGGGUAGUCGUAAAGGAGUGAACCUGCCGGGGGCGGAGCUAGUGGACCUGCCCGCGGUGAGCGAGCGCGACCGGUCCGACCUGCAGUUCGGCGUGGAGCAGGACGUGGACAUCGUCUUCGCCUCCUUCAUCCGCUCGGCCGAGGACGUGAGGGCCGUGAGGGCGGCGCUGGGAGAACGAGGACGAGACAUCAAAGUCAUCAGCAAAGUGGAGAGCAGACAGGGCGUUCAGAAUUUCGAGGAGAUCCUGAAGGAGAGCGACGGGGUCAUGGUGGCCCGCGGUGACCUGGGCAUCGAGAUCCCGGCCGAGAAAGUCUUCAUCGCGCAGAAGAUGAUGAUCGGACGCUGCAAUUAUGCAGGGAAACCGGUGAUCUGCGCCACACAGAUGCUGGAGAGUAUGGUGCAGCACGCGCGACCCACCCGCGCAGAGAGCAGUGACGUGGCUAAUGCGGUUCUGGACGGGGCCGACUGCGUCAUGCUCUCUGGAGAAACGGCCAAAGGAAACUUCCCUGUCGAAUCUGUUGCCAUGAUGCACUCGAUCUGCCGCGAGGCCGAGGCGGCCAUCUUUCACCAGCAGUUGUUUGAAGAGCUGCGCCGUUUGACUCCUCUGACCUCCGACCCCACAGAGGUCACGGCCAUCGGGGCCGUGGAGUCGUCCUUCAAAUGCUGUGCAGGGGCCAUCAUCAUCCUCACCACCUCUGGCAGGUCGGCUCAUCUAUUAUCUCGAUAUCGUCCUCGGUGUCCGAUCAUCGCUGUGACGCGUAACGUUCAGGUCGCCCGUCAAUCACAGCUGCUGCGCGGAGUUUUCCCCGCCCUCUUCCAGGCUCCGCCCACUGAGGUCUGGGCCGAUGAUGUGGACAGCCGUGUGGCGUUUGCCAUGGACAUCGGGAUAGCGCGGGGUUUCUUCAGGACGGGUGAUAUGGUGAUCGUUGUCACCGGUUGGAGUCCCGGUUCAGGACACACUAACAUCAUGAGGGCGGUCACUGUGCCCUGACCCCUGACCCCUGAUUCGCCAGAGUCUGUGAUUGACAGGCUCAUGUUGAGGAACCCUGAUUUCUGCUUGUGCUGCACAACAACAUAUGUGUAUCAUUUCUAUAUCAAUAAACUGAAAUGAGUCAUA